AUCCUGUGAGUCAUGGUCAUAUAAAACCAUUCCCACUGCCUUCAGCGGUCUUCAACAUCAACAUCAACAUCAACAUCAACAUCUUCAAGCAUGGCUCAGCCAGGACUUGUGGUCUUGCUUUUCCUAAGUGCAGUGAUAUUAGAGCAGGCUUUGGGGCGAACUUCAAGAUCUAACCCUGGAAGGUCAAACAGAGCCCGACUAAGAGAUGCAGGAGAUGAUGAUUUAAAGUCACAGAUCAACAAGCUGUGGCACGAAGUGAACUCCCUGAAGGAAAUGCAAGCACUGCAGACAGUUUGCCUGCGAGGCACGAAAGUCAACAGAAAGUGCUACCUGUCCAUUGAUGAACCAAAACACUACCAUGAAGCCAACGAAGACUGUAUCGCUCAAGGAGGAACCUUAGUUAUCCCUCGAAACAUAGAUGAAAACAACAGCCUCCGUGAGUAUGCAAAGAAAAGCUCUCCUGGAGCCAAGGAGUUCUGGAUCGGAGUGACAGACAUGGUCAAGGAAGGGCAGUACGUCGAUGUCAAUGGAAUGGCCAUUAGCUACUUCAACUGGGAUCGUUCUAAGAACCAACCUACUGGAGGGAAACGAGAAAGCUGUGUGAUGCUUUCACUAUCUGCACAAGGGAAAUGGCAUGAUGAUGUUUGCCGCAGUGUGAAAAAAUACCUUUGUGAAUAUCUAAUUCCUUAAUAUAAGCAUUUCCACAGUUAAUAUUAACUUGUUGUGUCCCAAUGCUGGACUUCGUGUCCAUUAAAAAGCUUCAAAAAUCUUUUACACUUUUUAAAUUUUGCUGGUACCGGUUAUACUUCAAUUGAAGGGUACGUGCUAUUUAUUAAUUACUGAGCAAUUGUUAGAAACAAUAGUGUAGUUACAGUGUCAUUCUACUGUAAUAAGCUACUGUAACAUCAAAUAGUAACAACUUAGUACUUACUGCCAUUUAUAUUUUCUUAAUUUUAAUAAAAUAUAUUUGUGUUUAUAUAAUCAAGUUACUCUUUUAAAAAUGUUAUUGAACUCACAAUGUGUGUAGUAAUUACAUGUGCAAUACUGCUAGUGUAGAUAGAAAGUAAUACUAAAACUAUGACUUGGUAAUUGUUAUGUAAUGUGUAUCUAACAACUAAAAUAUGUGUCCCUUUACUUACUCUUAACAAUGAAUGUUGGUAAAUGUGAAGUACUGUAAUUUCAAUGUCUCAGAUGUAUUUUUGAACUUCCAUUAACCUUUUAUGAUAACCUUUUUUGCAAUAGUUUUUAGUGGUAUUUUAAUACAGAGUCCUAAACAUUUCUCUUUAAUUGGCUUUCCAUUGAAUUCCGUGCUGCUGGUAAUCAUAGAUGCCUCAUGGUCUUUGAUUCCCUCAUGAGAGAUAUGGUAGGCUAUUUAAAAAACAUCAAAACUGCAUUUUAAGCUUUUGGCUUUAUACCCUAUUUAGGCUAUUUAGCUGUGGUCCUCACAUACUGUGAGGUUGGAGCUUGCAAUACCACAUAACUCCAACAGAGGGCAAUUUUACAAAAGUGCAUUUAUUGUGUGAAAAUAUCAAGGAAAACUAUAAACUAGGAUUUUACACUUACUGUAUUUUAUUUCUAUUCCCUUUAAACUAUUUCAAGUGAAACAUAUUUACAAUAGACCACGUUAUUAAAAAGGAUUGCAACAUAUAUUAAAAUAUAUGGAUGAUACCAUAUAUAAAAAGCAGCAAUUGUCUGUAUAUUUAACCAAUUAUUUUAUUAUUCUGAUACUGUUCAAAACAAAACUAAUGAUUCAUCAGUAUUAUUUUAGUGAUCAUGUAUCCAAAUGUAAAGAUGUGGAGGAGAGUCGGUUAAAAUAACAAGAAAAAAAACUAUGAAAAAUGUUUAUGUUUGCAGAUUGCAAAUGGAAACAGUAAUUGUGUUGCUUUUACUACGGACUGGCCUAUACAAAAAUGUUAGGUGUUGAUCAAUCAAAUUCUUGUCAAUUGUUGAUUGGUGUUUCUUCCACAACAAUAGAAAUCUAUUCUUGGGAAAUGCACGACCCACUGACAUUUCUGGAAUGGAUUUAUAGAUGUGUGCAAUAUUCUUGAUGGUAAGCAUUGCAAAUUCAAUGCGUGUAACCAGCAAUUAAAAAAAAAAAAAUACAAACAUUUCCAUGGCAGUACAUACUGUAAAUGAUAAUUAUACAAAGCUGUGGCAUGAUUAUGGAACACUUAAAAAAUGUGCUGCAUUUCAUUUACGAUUAAGGAUAGCUCUAAUUAAAUUCCUUGACCUCUUAAAGGUGAUUUAUCUAAGCCCUCAAGCCCUGGCAUUCCCCUUAAUUAUAUUUAGUUUUAUGCUCCCUGGGUUCUUUGUACAGAGCUUGAAUUUAAUCACAGAUUCCCCACUAUCCCAAGUGAUUGCUGUUGUACCGCUGUCUUUGAACUUUCAGCAAGUUACAGAAAGCUUCCUUUAUAGCUUAAUCAUUAUCUUUUGCCUUGAGUAUUAUAUAAUUUUUUAUUAAUAAUUAUAGUGAUGGCAUCCAUGUGACUAUUGCAUGUUAAUAUGCUUUUGCUUUAGAUUCACAAUUUAAACUGUUUCUAGCUCAAAUCAUAGUCUAAAGGAUACAUCUCAAAACAAGGUAUUUAUUUGCACGAUUGAUGCCAUUCUUCCAAAUAAAGGGAGAAAUUCUCAACUUUUAAAUUGUGAAUUGUUUUACACCCAUUACUAUAAAACAUACCUGCAUCCUAGGAUGUGUAGUAAUGCUAAAAGAAAACAAAAAAGAUAUAUGACAAGCAUUUCAACAAGAUGUGUUUCUCAUUGAAAGAUACUUUUGAUACUAUUACACCAAAUAUUUAUUUUACUGAAAGGAAUUACCACCAAUUGUGAGACAUCACUAGACUUCAUACAGUCACCAGAUGAGCUAUGUAACUUGUUUAUACCUGUCUAGUUUGGCAGUUGCAUUGGGUCUGUUUUUCCUUUAUGGAACUCUAGCCCAUACAGUAAGUGUGCCAGAGGGAGUGCUCUGUUUCAAAUUUGUCUGAAAUGACUGCAGAGGUUCUGAUUAUUGAGGAGAAUUUAAUCUACUAAGGAGACCAUUUAUGGAAUACAUCCCAGAUUUAUUAAAGUAAUUUCUGCACAACAGAAAGUGUAGGAUUUUAUUUCAACUUGCUGCCAAUAAAACAAACCCAAUUAUAUUUAUAUCUGAGUAACUGUAACUAACACCUAGCCAAGGAUUCGGAAUUAGAAGAGUCCACCAGGUUACUUGUAACGUAGAUGCUGCAUUUUUCAGGCAUUUGGACCUCUACUUCAGUCUUACUUGUUUGCAGUAUUCUCAUAUACCAGUAGAUGUCUUUCUUUUGUAACAAGUGCACUUGUAUUAAUCCCAAAACUUAUAUAUAAAAACUUAUAUAUAAAAAGUAAAUUGUGUCAAAAUAAGGUGGGUAUUUGCACAAACAGUACAGAACAUUUGUAUUAGUAAUAAUUUAAUAUAGUGAUUUGUCAAAGUUCAGUUACAUGUUAAUAAAAAGUCAAUAGAUAUGCAA